AUGUCAUAUGAUGAUACACUGCUCCAUGUCGAUAUGCGAAAAACCUUUUUCUUUGUAGUGCUUCAUGUCAGUAUGGCUGAAAUGCCAUCCUCCAAUAACUCUCCCUAUGCGCUAGCAGUGGAGAUGCAGAAGAACCUCAAUGAUCAAAUCAAUCUUGAGUACGAGGCAUUCUAUCUCUAUGAGCAGUUAGCAGCCUACUUUGCAAGAAGCGAUAAGGCGCUUUUUGGAUUUGCUGCAUAUUUCCGCAAGGCUGCUGAUGAGGAACGUCAUCAUGCGCACGAACUCACUGAGUUAAUGAAUAAACGAAUGGGAACAGUAACACUCAAAAAUAUUGAGAUUCCACUUACCACACCCACCACAUGGCGGACACCAGCGACCGCACUACGAAUGGCCCUCGUCAAGGAAACAGAGGUCGCUCAACAUUUGAGCGGAGUCUUUGCGAAGGCGCAAGAAAUUAACGACUUUCACAUUCAAGACCGUCUGGAACACUUUGUACAUGAGCAAGCUACGGCCAUCUUCAAAUUGCAGUCCCUGAUCACUCGACUAGAUGGCAAAAGUGAUGCUGUAGAGUACCUCAUUGACCAAGAACUUCUUAAUCCUCCAUCCAUGCAUGACUGA